AUGGACCUCACACAAAAGGCUCGGAUAUGUGCUCAAGGGGACCAAACUGAUCCUCCUCUUUUGGUAACGUAUGCCAGUGUUGUCACUCGUGAGAGUAUUUGUAUUGGAUUCUUGCUUGCUUUGUUAAAUGGUUUGGAUAUUUUGUCUGCUGACAUUGCUGGAGCGUAUUUGAACGCGCCUUGUGCUGAGAGGAUUUACAGAGUACUUGGACCCGAGUUUGGAGACCUUGAGGGCCGCACAGCUGUUGUGGAGAAAGCACUCGAUGGAUUAAAAUCUUCCGGGUUCUCAUGGAGAUCUACGCUUUCUAAGACUCUGAGAGAAGAAAUGGAGUUCGAACAGUGUUGUGGUGAUAUGGAUGUUUGGAGAAAACCCGCUUUGAAGUCAAAUGGCAAAAAAUAUUACAAAUAUAUUUUUGUUUACACCGAUGACCUUAUGGCUGUUUCUGAAAUCCUCGUGCUAUAUUGGAGAAGCUUGGAACGCAUCACAUGCUCAAGCCUGAUUCAUUUGCAGAGCCUACAACGUUCCUUGGUGCAACAAAUUCAAAACGGUUUGUUGAUGCUAGUGAUUCUCGAAAAUGCUGGUUCGGCUAUCUAUUUGCUUGAAGCGUUAUGUGUCGUUAAGUCUCGGAUCUCACCUCAAAAAUACAACUCUGCUGCCUUACCUUCUGGUUAUAAACCUGAGCUUCACAACACUGAUUUUGUUGACGCAGAGACACACACACUGUAUAUGCAACUGAUUGGAAUAUUACGGUGGUUGGUUGAGCUUGGAAGAAUGGACCUUUGUGCUGAAGUCUCAAUGAUGUCUUUGUACAAUGCCAUGCCUUGUGUUGGACACUUUCAUGCGGUAUUACACCUC